AUUGCUGGAUCCCUCUUUCUUGCCCAUCCCUUGUCCACUCCUACACCCUUCCUUGUCAUUUUACGUACUCUAUUUCAUUUAUACCUUAAUAUUGCUAUGACUUCUCCCGACCCGUGGAUCAAAAUAUUUAAAAGGGUCUACGCCUACGUCCUUGCAGAGCAUGCCCAUGACUCGACCAGCUCAGAAUACCUCGGCACAGCCAUCCGCCUGGCUCUAGUGUCCAAGCGAUUAUACCCGUGCUUGCCAGACCACCUAACCACAGCAGUGAUCAUCAAACGGGGUAUCUCUGGCCGCUGUAUACCCGGUGACAGCCCAUGUAAACAUUCGACAAAGUGGUGGACCAACCUGCACCUGGCUAUGCUAUCACCAAAUGUCAACAGGUUUCUGUCGUGCCACAUCGUCGUGCCCGAGGAUUGCAAGGGUCGCCAGCGUAUUGGCGAGGCCAUGGCGCAUCUCGGCUUUGACCGCCACAGCCUGAAGCAAAUCAGAUGGAUACAGUUCAGCGGCGAUGGCAUAGCAACCGUGGGCCACAACCAGGAUCACUUGCAGAGCGUGGCCGACAUGCACAAUAACCUGGCAGCAUUCAGCCGCCACCUCCCCAACAUCAAUCACAUACGGUACAGGCGCGAUCUGGAAGGGAUAACAGAGGCAUCUAGAUCAUAUCUGUAUCUCGCUGGAAAAGCUAGAUUGGUGCAGGAGACAAAUGCGCUCUACCUGUCACAGCUUGCAGAGUUCGAAGGAUUCCUGCCCAUGCUGGAAGUCUGCCGGCAUCGCUCGAUAGACAACCUCGCUGUUCUCAGAAUAUGCGCAAACUAUCUGGAAGUUUGCCAAGGGCAGCUGCCUUUUCGUACGGACAAGCUGAAGAUUCUGGACAUAUAUAACAUAAAGGAUAAGAUACCUCUAAAGUUCUUUGCCGAGGAGGGCAAGUUUGAAAUUAGCUUUCCCAAGUUAGAGCGGAUGUCCUUCCAUUUCUUGCCUGGACCAUUUAACCCUGUACACCGUGACAUCUGGCCCUACACCCUACAGCUCCCUGUGCUGUGGCACCUGUUUGUCCGGAAUUCUACCCGCAGCUACUACGAUUUGUUCACCCUGUUCCAUGGCCAGCCACUGUCUAUACUCGAUAUCCAUGAACCCAUUGAAGGCUUUGUAAACAUUGAUCCAAAGAUCAUCCGGCACGCUAAGGCCUUCUCUCUCCGCUCACUUACAAAUGGCGCACCGCGCGACGCCCGAUACCCGGAAGACACUAUGAAAAAGUUCUAUUUGGUUGGCUCUGUUGCACGCUUGGUGUUCAUGGCCGGUGUCCCUGUUCCAUUCCCUGUUUCGCUUCCAUGGCCAAAUAUGGAGCACCUUCGAAUCACCGCCGAGCGUGCUUCGCCAAUGAAAAUUGCGAUUCUUGUCCGGAAGCUGCCCGUGCUACGCAAACUCGACGUUCACUGCCAGUCCAUGGAUCCAGAUAACUUCGAUUCCAAUUUCUGGAUACCAAGCGAAGCUGCUAUGAGGAUAUAUCAGCACACGGGUGUUCCGAGCCGCAGCAGCCUGGCUCUCGCCAACAGCGACCCCGAAAUACUGGAUAGCCUAAAAGACUCACGGGUUUCGGAGCUGCGCAUCAAUAUGGCCGGCACGUUCAACGGGAAUGCAGUCUCGGCCAUUGUCUCACGCCUGCCACUGCUACGCACACUGGCCAUCCACCCACGUGCUGUCCCAGUCUUUGAAAACUAUUUUGCCAUCCGGAAAUCGAGAGUCAAGGUGAUUCCCUAUGUGAUCGAUCCGCUCCUUCCGCCAUAGUUGCACCACAUCAAUAUAGCCCAAGUGCACAUGUCCUGUUUCAAGAUAUAUGCCCCA